AUGGGUGGAGAGGCAGACGUUGUAACGUUCCUAUACCGAAUUCCGUAUGCAAAAACAGGAAAUUCUGCAGGAAUGGCGGGACCCUCGUGUGUUCUGGGAGAUUCAGACGAUCCUGGAAAUGUAUUUGUACGGACGAUUGGUCUGGCAGGCGUUGUGAUGAUUUGGUUAACAGUGAUCGUGGUGUUUGUAACCUUCACUUGUAUUGAUACCAGCAAGAAACUGGAAUUGAAGAAGCGUGACACGGCUAAAGUUCCUACACCGAAGGCAGUAUGCAAAAACAGGAAAUUCUGCAAGAAUGGUGGGACCCUCAUGUGUUCUAGGAGAACCAGAAAAUGUAUUUGCACGGACGGUUUGACUGGCAGGCGUUGUAAUGAAUAUAUUGGCAAGGAGGAGUACCAGGAAUUCGUGUCCUUUAUACUGCGCGAUACGCAAAUGCAACAAGAUCCCCCAUCCAUUUUUAUGACCACAGAUACACCAACCGAUGUCAAAAUAACUACAAUGGAAACAUCUGAAGACCAAAUGACAAGCUUCGACUCCUCGAUAACAAUACCGUAUCCAGAAUUUGGAACCACUAUCUCGCCAGAAAUGAAGGCGAUCCGUAUUCGCUCAAGAGAAAAUAUAACAGUUGCUGUAAGUGCUCAUCAAGAUAUCAGUACCCUUAUCCCCACAGAAAAGUUGUCCACGUCAUAUAUAUUCUCAACGCCAAUUAGAGAUUCUGCCUUUCAAGCAUAUAUUGCGAUAACGGUGACAGCGAUUCAUGACAAUACCAGCAUUACAUUUUCUGAUUUGGGGGAUUCUACCUCCCAGGAAUAUACCCUCAAUGCCUUAGAAACUCGUAUACAAGAUUAUCGCGGUACAGACCCAAGAGCUUAUAAUGUACAGUCCUCUAAGCCAGUGGCCGUUUUUUGUGGGAUGUACUGUAUGUCAGAUGCAAAUUGCAAUAAUAUGAUUGAACAGAUACCGCCAUCCAGUCAAUUGGACACCGUCUAUAUUAUUCCCCCUAAUAUUGAUAAGAUAACGGCUGUACUAAUUGUACCUCUAAAGGACACAACAUUGUUUGAAGAAAACGAUAGCUACCCUGUCGUGUCUGGUAAUAUCUACUUUGAUGGAAUGCUUAAUGAUGUCUUAAUCAGGCGAAGUACAGAUCCCAUUAUUGUGACAACUUAUGCCCUUGAUGAGGAUUUAUCUGUUGGGGCCCCAUAUUGGACAGUGGUUCCUGGAGUGAACCAAUAUUUACCUAGGUAUAAAAUCAUCAUACCAACUGGAUGGAAUGGUAACUACAUUGCUAUUAUGAUCAGGAAAAGUGUUGUUGGUGGUUUGCGGGUAAAUGAGCAAUCUAUUGACGCUAACUCAAUUCGAUUCGAGAAAGAUGUGUUCGUUGAAGCCGUGGAAUACUCGGUCAUUGUAGCAGAAGUACCAGAAGGCGAGCUGAUAUUGGAUACCAUCGAUGAUACCCCCUUUGGUUUAAUGGUGUAUGGUUCUCGACCGGUAGGUGGAUAUGGAUUUGCGGGCAACGUUAUUCUUCGUUAA